UUGUGUCUUYRUGUUGUACUGCAGGWUUUUGUACUUUGCGUGAUGAUGGGAAUUAGUUCCAAGCCAGGCUGAUUGAUUGAUUGAACUGAGUCAACUUUUGUUGAGGUUUCCCAAGCAUUGCACAAGAGGUUUGAGGGGAAAAAGUUUGGGAGCAUGUGACAGUUAAUCUCAUUAGCAGUAAGAAUGAAGUUUAAGCAUACUGUUCAAAAUUUGUUCAGUUCUGUGCUGCUCUUUGUUUUAAUUAACAAUCUCCUGCAUAGAUUGGGAGCAUAAACUUCUUUCCACUUUAGUCCAAUUAAAUCAUGCUUGGAAGCUGUCAAUGGCAAGGGGAACUCCUCCCUACCCCCCUUCUUUUAAUUGUUCAGUGAGUCUGUUGAAUAAUGAAAGAAUUUGCUUGACMGGGUUUUGUAGUAUUUCGUCUUCUUGAUGAAUUAUUGCAGAGGAUAGGUGACAAUCUUUUGUCGAAAAUGCAUUGGAAUGACUCAUCCAAUUCCUCAGAAAGUGACCAUGAAGCUCAUUCAGCCUUCACACAGACUGAGCACAACAUAGUUGCAGCUUACUUAAUAACAGCAGGAGUGAUAAGCUUAUUCAGUAACAUUGUUGUCUUAGGCAUCUUUGUUAAGUACAAAGAGCUUCGGACAGCAACCAAUGCAAUUAUUAUCAACUUGGCUUUUACUGACAUUGGUGUCAGUGGCAUUGGUUACCCCAUGUCUGCUGCCUCAGACCUGCAUGGAAGCUGGAAAUUUGGAUAUACUGGAUGCCAGAUCUAUGCUGCUUUAAAUAUCUUUUUUGGGAUGGCGAGUAUUGGUUUGCUCACUGUUGUUGCAGUUGACCGUUACCUGACCAUCUGCAGGCCUGAUAUAGGAAGGAGAAUGACAGCCCGCAGCUAUGCCACUCUCAUCCUCGCUGCCUGGAUCAAUGCCAUCUUCUGGGCUUCCAUGCCCACUGCGGGCUGGGCCAGCUACGCUCCCGAUCCCACUGGAGCCACGUGCACCGUCAAUUGGAGGAAAAAUGAUGCGUCCUUUAUUUCCUACACAAUGAGUGUAAUUGCUGUUAAUUUUGUUGUACCCUUAACAGUCAUGUUUUACUGUUAUUACAAUGUUUCCCGGACAAUGAAACAAUAUGCCAGCAGUAACUGCCUGGAGAGCAUUAACAUAGAUUGGUCUGACCAAGUAGAUGUGACAAAGAUGUCUGUUGUGAUGAUUGUGAUGUUCUUGGUGGCAUGGUCUCCAUAUUCUAUUGUGUGUUUGUGGUCUUCCUUUGGAGACCCAAAGAAAAUUUCUCCUGCCAUGGCCAUCAUAGCCCCUCUAUUUGCAAAAUCUUCCACUUUCUACAAUCCKUGCAUUUAUGUCAUUGCAAACAAAAAGUUUCGGAGGGCAAUCAUGGCAAUGGUGCGAUGUCAGACAAGACAAGAGAUAACCAUAAACAAUGCCUUGCCCAUGAGCGUGUCUCAAAGYGCAUUGACAUCACAGAACUCCAGUCAUUUGCCUGCAUAAGUUACAUGGAAAGGAGUGAAAUCUGGGUUCAAGUUAAUUAAUCUUUUGGACAAUUAAUCUUUUUGAAUAGUAAACUUUCCCGGCCAGCUGUUUUGUGUCAGUCACAGUAAUCUUUUUAGAGAAGUUAAGGAGACAAAACCKACCAAGACUUUAGUUUUUGAGAGUGAGGUUUAUUGGCCUAAUAUGUCUGUCCCAAACAAAAAACAAUGGCAAAAUGGCCACUGUGACUCUUACAGGGUUAGGCAAGGUGACAGAGGGGCCAGGAGAGACUGCAGUGCGAAGGGCUUAGGUUCAGUGACCCUAGGUAUUUCAUAUAUAUUAGUUUCUUUCAUAAAGUACUUUCCACUAACUUCCCUUGAAAAUUUUCCAGAUUUGAAAUAUUCUGGAUGUUCCCUAUGGCUGUAUAUAUUUCCAUACCAAGUGUCCAUGUUGAUAUGCUUUGCAAAGUUCUGUUUCUGUGAAUAUGUCAGGAUGCAAAAAUGUCUACCCUAAACCUAUAGAAUAUUUUACUAGGUUUCARGAUUUUGAAGARAUUUCAGCAUAUUUAAAAUAUUUUWAAAAUUUUGACUCAGAGACCAAMAUAAUUUGUAGAAAAGACAGCUUUUGUUUUGUAAGUGCCAAGUUUCUAGUGUUUGUGACUGCACAGCAAAUCUUGAAAUUGUGACAAAAUGUACCCUAAAGCGCCACACUUGGGAGGCACGUAAAACUGAGUAAAUAUUUUUGGUACUUUCUCAUCACUUCUAAGUYAAUCUUAUGUUUAUAGAGGUCUGAUGUUUAAUUUUCAAGAAAUACCUUUCACAGUAUGAGCAAUGGAUUUAUUCAGAAUGAAAAAAUGACUUUAUAUAGAUCUAGCUUCAAUUAUUAUGUAUGUAUUMAAUUAUCUACCAUUUGGCUUUGCAGUGUAUAACUUAUUUAAAGUAUAUGUGUAUUUUUGGCAAAGUCCUGUUUUUACAGGAUUUUUUAAAAGCUCUGGAAUCUAGGCUCUCUAUUACUUUGUCAUUUUCAAUAUUAAAGAAAAUGCCAUGCAAUAUCCUCACAGUGUACUAGAUUUCCUUCAGGAGCCUUGGAACACUUUUUAGACAGUAACUAAUGCACUUCCUCUUAGAAGAAGAAAAGAGGUAUUUUCCUGCAUGCUAACUCUACAAGAUGCAUAUUAGAACAGCCUUGGAACACGGUUGGAUGUGAUUUGAAGCAGAGUGUGUUCUGACAGAGUGAAGAAUGAGYUGGUUUAACUGAUGCCAUUCAGGAUACAUUUGAAGGUUAAGCAACUCCAGAUCUCGGCUAAUCUGCUGUAAUCUGCUGUUACUAAAUGGAUGGCUACAUUCACACUGGUAGCACACUGCACAUGAGUGCCUAGGAAUAAAGCUUUUGCAUUUUUUCAUGUCAG